AGAAUUUUAAUUUCUGUUACAGAUUUGGAUGUUUUAGCUGGAUAAUUGAGGACGACGUACUGUGAUAAUGGAGACAUGGCCGAGAAGAUCUAGUGUUCGCCAAACUGUACACAGGUUUGCCUGCUGAACCUUCCCAACUCCACCAUGACCCCCCACUCACCGUGAUGCCCUGACUCUACCAUGCUCAACUGCGGGAGUCUUCACGGCUGCGGGUGUCACAAGAACUCCUCGGACCUGAGCUACUCCUCGGACUCCACGUCCAAGAGCUCCACUGACGACCAAGAUCCCUCCACCAUGAAGAAGCACCAGCACUGCCAGGAUGUGGUUAAGCACAACGGAGUGGGUGCAUUCCUCUCCGCCCUCUCACCCCGCAACCUCUUCCGUGGCUUCAAGAAGAACAACGAGUUCAGUAUGCCGAAGGCUGAGAGAACGAUGAAGGCGGCCAUUCUGAUACAGCAGUGGUACCGGAGAUACUUGGCUAGGAUGGAGGUACGGCGGCGGUAUACCUGGACCAUAUUCCAGAGUAUAGAAUACCAGGGCGAACAAGACCAGGUCAAGUUGUAUAAUUUCUUCAACGCACUUCUAACUCACAUUCCCACCAACUCGGCAUAUCUCCAGAAACCAACCAGCAGCGACGCUACCUCCAAGUCCUCAUCCACAGAUACGACUGUUGAGACCAAGUUUGAGGACGAGUCGCCUAGUGAUUGCAACAGCUCGCCCAACCACCCUGUAGAGAGCAACUACAAGGGCAUCCACCUCGGCAACCCCCUCACUCGCCGCGACCUCGACAAUCUCAUCGAGUCCUUCCGCAAGAAAAAGACACACCGGCUGCAUGCAAAAUACGUGGCGACGAUACUCAAGCAGGCGACGACGCAACUCAAGAAGCUUCCCAACCUGAAUGUGGCGUCUACGGCAAUAUCGAAGCAGAUCACUGUCUGUGGAGACCUCCACGGCAAGCUUGACGACCUACUCAUUAUAUUUCACAAGAACGGCCUGCCAUCUGCAGAGAACCCAUACGUGUUCAAUGGUGACUUCGUAGAUCGAGGCAAGAAAGGGCUGGAAGUGUUCCUGCUGCUGCUGUCUGUGCUGCUGGUGUUCCCUGAUGGUGUGUUUCUGAACCGCGGGAACCACGAGGAUCACGUCAUGAACACAAGAUACGGCUUUAUAAGAGAAGUUCGACUCAAAUAUAAGCACAACGCAGAAAGGUUGCUGAAGCUGAUCGAAGGCGUGUACAGAUGGCUACCCCUGGGUACAGUGGUAAACAACAAGGUGUUGAUAGUGCAUGGUGGCAUUUCUGACAUCACCGACUUGGACUGGGUCCGCUCGCUGGACAGGCAGAAGUAUGUGUCACUGCUGAGGCCACCCGUAGUUCCGGAAACGUCAAACGCCGUCGCCACCGAAGCCAUCGACAAGAUGGAGUGGAAGCAGGUAUUCGACAUCCUGUGGAGCGAUCCCCAGGGCACCGAGGGUUGUGUGCCCAACACCUUGCGAGGCGCCGGGACCUACUUCGGCCCUGACGUCACGGACAAGUUCCUCGCCAAGCACAAUCUCAUGUUCAUCAUCCGCUCGCAUGAGUGCAAGAUUGACGGAUACGAGCUCACACACAGCAACAAGGUGGUGACAAUAUUCUCGGCGUCUAACUACUACGAGACUGGGUCCAACAAGGGCGCCUAUAUGAAGCUGGUGGGACCACAACUUGCGCCACACUUUGUGCAGUUCAACACAGCCAAGUCCGUGGCUAAGGCGCUCACCUUCCGCGAGAGGGUGGGGCUGGUGGAGUCCUCGGCCAUCCGUGAGCUCAACUCUAAGAUAGAAGCACAUCGCGAGAAACUUUUAGAGGCCUUCAGAAAGGCAGAUUCCAAUAACACAGGUCUAAUCUCCGUGACAGACUGGUGCACCGUCAUGGAGGCUCGCACAGGCCUCAGCCUGCCCUGGAGGAUGCUGAAGGAGAAGCUGGUCUCUGUGGAUUCUGCAGGCUCGGGCAAGGUCCGCUACAUGACCACCUUCCAGGACAUAGACCACUCCAAGAAAGAGCAUGGUGCUACGGUAGUAGAAACUCUUUACAGGAAUAAAUCAAGCUUAGAAGCAAUCUUCAGGAUCAUCGAUAAAGAUAACUCCGGCUUCAUAUCCUUGGAGGAGUUCAAGGAUGCGUGUGAGCUGCUGGGUGAGCACUUGGAACACCCGCAGGAUGAGGCGCUGGACAUCUGCAAGAGCAUGGACAUCAAUAAAGACGGGCUCGUGGAUCUCAAUGAGUUUCUGGAAACAUUCCGACUGGUUGAUAUGGAGGGCGCGCGUAAGGAGUCGGUGGAUGUCGACUCUGACGAGGACUUGGAUACUGUGAAAGUGGACUAAUGCAGAAGUAACAGUAGCAUACGAUUAGUGGAAAAUACAUUAUUGACAUCCGAGGUUUUAAACAACAUUUAAAUUAUUGUACUCCUCAAAUCAAUUGGAACAAGUGAUAAUUUGGACAUCUUGUACUGUUGUGCACUGAAAUCUAAUCUAUAUUAUUGAAACAAAUACUUAUACGUAUUGUAAUCUAAUACGAUGGAAACAACGAAUUUAUAAGGUGAUGACAUUUUUGUGCGUGACAUCAAAUCCUUUGCAACAAGACGUUUAACAUUUAGAAUAUGUGAUACGGUUGAUAUCUGUCAGUUUAGUUUAUUGCUAUUCUUGAAGUUAUGAUAUGUAUGCUAAAGAGAUUUUAAAUAUAUUUCUUUCUUGUUUACACUAAGCUCAACUACUAGUCGACUAUUGGGGUUCAAGGAAUGGUGUGCCAAAAGACAUGUAGUUAUUUAAUUAUUCUACUGUAAGUAAUCUAAUUUAAUCUAGGUUAACGCUGGAAAUUUUCCGGGUACUUCGGUUAUAUGUACUGUAUUGUCUAAACAAUCAAUUAAUAAUUCAACUUAUAUGUCUUUUCAACCCGAGUUAUGAAGGUUUCCGAGUGAACUACAUUCUAAUCUACAGUCAAUGUCAUCUUUCACUAAGUAUAUCCUAUUGUUAACACCAACUAUGUAAGUUACAUUAUUUGUUGUAACUUUAAUUGUAUUAGUUACACAGGAGCUAAAUCAUUCAUAUGGACAAAGUGUGCUAAGGUCCAGAUGAUUAGUUAAGUUAGUUCUAAAAGCCGCCGCUAGGGUCGCUCCAUGACCACCGCACGUGCUAGUUCGGUCUCCUUCCAUACCGAGUGACAGCGCUAGUGUCGUGUUCUUAGAAAGCGGACUGUAGUGGCAAUUCUAGUGAAUCGACGCGAAUAGAGGCAUAAACUCACACCAUGAAAGGAGCGAAUAAGAGACGAUAAGUUCACUUCACGGCAGUCUGCACAUGUCAAAAUACCGCCUGUUAUAACAAAGAGGUUUGCUGUGCCUCAAAUUAUAACAUUGAGUGAGCGAGUAGUCUCUUGUGUAACUAGUACAGCAAAGGUUGUACUAUUGGCGAAGUGUUUCAACAUUAUUACCAUUGACUUUCAUUGUAAAUAGAUCUAUAAUGUAAGUAAUACUGUCGUCUUAGUUCCACACUAUCGUUAGAUGUUUAUAUUUUUUUCAUCACGUUUGAAUUGACUGUGAAACAAUUUAAUGGCACAACUUAUUUUCAGUCUUAGACACUUCAUAUUAUUACAUUGACACGAAGCAAGAAAGAGUUUUAAAACUAUGAGCAACUGUAAUUGUUUAAAGAUAACUCUUGUG